CGACAGAGGAAGCCUCGGUCUCGCCUUCAUCGCUGCUUCUCUUAGCAGCUUGCUAACUGACUUUUAGAUCUACGCUAUUUCUCCCUGAUUAGCAAAAGCAAUGGAAGUGACGAUGGACCCCUUGUUUCUGGCGUGGAGCUAUUUCAGGAGGCGGAAACUCCAACAAUGUUCUGAUAUUUGUACGAAAAUAUUACAAGACAACCCAUACGACCAGGACUCAUCUUUGCUAAUCUCAGAGGCUGCAUGGAGCUUGAAAACCCGUGCUCUUACAGAGAUGGUUUACAUAGAUGAAAUCGAGGUUGACCAGGAGGGGAUUGCUGAGAUGAUGCUGGAUGAAAGCUCUAUUGCUCAAGUUGCACGACCUGGAACAUCACUAAGACUUCCUGGAACAUGUCAUGGUGGAGGUCCCACACCAGCUGUUAGGCCCAUGACACAAUCAGGACGCCCUAUAACAGGAUUUGUGAGACCCAGCACACAGUCCGGGCGCCCUGGGACAAUGGAGCAGGCCAUCAAAACCCCACGUACUGCAAGCACAGCUCGUCCUGUCACCGCUUCUUCUGGUAGAUUCAUUCGUCUGGGGACAGCUUCAAUGUUAACAAAUCCUGAAGGACCAUUUAUAAACUUGUCUAGACUAAAUCUGGCCAAGUAUUCCCAAAAACCCAAUUUAUCCAGGACAUUAUUUGAGUACAUCUUCCAUCAUGAAAAUGAUGUGAAAAAUGCUUUGGAUUUAGCUGCUCAAGCUACUGAACAUGCACAGUUCAAAGACUGGUGGUGGAAAGUUCAGCUGGGAAAAUGCUACUACAGGCUUGGUUUAUAUAGAGAAGCAGAAAAACAGUUUCGAUCAGCUCUCAACCACCAAGAGAUGGUAGAUACGUAUCUCUAUCUCGCAAAGGUUUAUCAGCGUAUGGAUCAGCCAAUAACGGCUCUCAGUCUUUUCAAGCAAGGCCUGGACCACUUCCCUGGAGAGGUUACCCUUCUAACAGGAAUAGCUCGUAUCCAUGAGGAGAUGAACAACAUUUCAUCAGCGACAGAGUACUAUAAGGACGUCCUGAAGCAGGACAACACUCACGUGGAGGCCAUAGCCUGCAUAGGCAGCAAUCACUUCUAUACAGAUCAGCCUGAGAUUGCUCUGCGCUUCUAUAGACGGCUGCUCCAGAUGGGAGUGUAUAAUUGCCAACUGUACAACAACCUGGGCCUGUGCUGUUUCUACGCCCAGCAGUACGAUAUGACUCUGUCCUCGUUUGAGAGGGCUCUGGCCCUGGUGGCCAAUGAUGAAGAGCAGGCUGAUGUCUGGUACAACAUAGGACACGUGGCUGUAGGAAUAGGGGACUUGACACUGGGCUAUCAGUGCUUUAAACUGACUUUGGCAUUUAAUAAUGACCAUGCUGAAGCCUAUAACAACCUGGCUGUGCUGGAGCUGCGAAAAGGUCACAUUGAACAGUCUAAAGCCUUCCUUCAGACUGCUGCAUCACUGGCCCCCCAUAUGUACGAGCCACACUUCAAUCUCUCCAUUCUCUCUGAAAAGCUUGGGGACCUUCAGAGCAGCUACAGUGCAGCCCAAAAAUCUGAGGACGCUUUCCCAGAACACGUCGACACUCAGCAGCUUCUCAAGCAACUUCGACAGCACUUUGCAGUGCUGUGAGGGACCACAGCACUGCAAACGACCGGGUUUUUUUUUAACCCAGUCUUUAAAAAAGUCAUAAUUUGAAAUGUGUGGCAUCCAUCCAUGAUCUCCGUGAGAGUUCCUCAGAUAAAGCGAAGAAGUAACACAUGGAGUUAAUGACAGUCCAGCCUGGCAAACACUGUCUGCAGCCCUCUUCUGUUGACAAAAACCAAAAAAAAAGGAAUGACAUGACAAUUAUAGUGCAUUUAUUAACAUGAUAAAUAAAGAAAAAGCAUCUCACUGAGCAUAGGCAUGUGGGAUUCCAAC